AUGUUUGGCUUCCACCGAAAACUCUUUAAAUUGGUGGCCGCGAGCUCAACACUGGCAACAGCAGUUAUAUUUUCUACCAAUGAACAAAAGACAUCAGCUUCAAUUUGUAUACCACCUCCAGACGUCUAUCCAAACAAACACAAUCUCGAUUUAUCAACACUCAUUCCAUCCCGUCCAUCUCAUUUAAAACCAAUAUACGUCACCAUUCUUGUUCGUCAUGGCCAUCGUACACCAAUUAUACCAUUACCAAAUCAAUCACGAAGCGAAUUUCAUUCUGUAUGGGGAGAUUGUCAUAAUCUCAAAAAUGAACUCCGACCAUGUGAUAUUGGUGAUUUAACACCAUUAGGUGAAUAUCAAAUGUUUAUAGUUGGACAACAUAUACGUCAACAGUAUGUCAACAAAGAUCAUUUAUUACCAAUCACUUUCAAUAAAAAUGCUGAUACAUUGAUGUUACGUAGUACAUUUAGACCAAGGACAAAAUUAUCAUUAUAUCGUCUUGUACAAGGUCUCUAUCCAGAUGAAAACCUUCAAACCAUUAGUCAACAUGUACGUGUAGUUGAUAAUGAGAAAGAAACUUUAUUUCCAAAUUCUACAUACUGUUCUCGAAUGAGAGAACUGUUUACACAAGCACGUGAACAACAAUCAUAUCUAAAUCGUAUUAAUUCCAAAGAUGUUUUAGAAUUAAAAAUUAAAUUUGAAUUAGCUUAUAAAAUGUCAUUAUUUGAUCCAAAACGAAUGCCAUCAUGGAUUAUGUUAGGUAAGUUUAGACAAUGUACUACUACCAGAUAUUUUUAUUUUCCAAGAAAAUGGUGUUAUUUUUGA